AAGAGGAUCAUCUUCAUUCCUUUUCAGAAUAAAAAGCUCGUUCAAAGCGACUGCUCAAAGUGGGAAAGACGUCUGUUUUCAGCAGCAGAGUUACGUUCUAGCUGCACCAAUGCUGUGUCACCAAAAGAGAAAACUGCACAUUUUACAGCUGUAAACAGAGCUGAGAAUCUAAGCCCCGCCUCUUUUCCUGUUACUUUUUUAAGGCACAUUUCUAUUUUCAGCUCCUCAUUUGUUCUAAAAAUAGAUCCUAACUUAAGCCCCUCCCCGAGCUGGGAAUUUCCAGACAGCAGGUGUUUAGUAUUUCAGCCGUGAGUGCUUGCACACACUCCAUCUCCAAGACGUGCAGACGAGCCUCUUCAGCUCUGUCACAGAGACGCUCGGACAUCAGAAGCACGAUGACAAACAGCAAAGCGUGCCUGGCAGCGGCUCUGUGCUCCCUCCUCUUCCUCUCCACCUUCCUCAGCAGCGCCCAUUCAGCCAGCUGCUGCUUGAGCUACAGCAGGCGCCGGCCGCCCUGCAAACUCCUUCUGGGCUACAGCAUCCAAACCAUCACCGGUUCCUGCGACCUGCCCGCCGUCAUUCUCCACCUUCCAGGGAAGUUCCUGUGUGCAGAUCCCAGCAUGAGAUGGACCCAGAAGCUCCAGCUCUGUGUGGAGGAAAGGAAGAGGAAGGCUGCUCAGGUCCUCAACACCUCUGCAGACUAGAGUUCACAACUCAGCGGUCUGGAGGAAAGCUUCCCCGGCAGCUCUGCAGUUUUCUGCUGGCUUCAGCGCAGACAUCCAGGAGCUGGAGUGGGACCCUUCCCUAUUUCUGUUCUGUUUUAUAAACAGAGAAGUGUAGUGUUCGAAUACACAGUUGGCUUAAAGACUCACUAAAAACUUUGUGCUGAGAUUUGUCCGCUCCGGCGUCUCUGUGCUCUAAGAUCAAGUAAGAAAGAACUUUGUUUGUAAAAAGUGACCUUUGUGUUUGUAAAAGAUUUUAAUAAAGAAUCCUUUUAGUAAAA